AUGAGUGGUACUUAUUUAGCUUUAGCUAAAGAUAUUUAUAUUGAAUUAAAUGAAGCACAUUCAUUAGAUAUGAAAAAUCUUCAUGAUAACUAUUUACCUGAAUUAUAUACAGAAAGAUCAAUUAAUAUUGAUUAUGUUGAUGACAGAAUUAGUACACCAGAUGUUCGUGUUAAUCCUAAAAGAAUAAAAGGAAUUGUUUUAACUAAUAAAUAUGAUUCAUCUUCAGAAGUAAUACAAGAUUCAAUAUUUGAAUUACUUGAUAGUGAUACACUUCGUUUUGCAUCAACAACAACAUUAACUUUUUCAUCAGAUGGACAAAAAAGAUUUCAUAGAGAAUUACAUGAUCUUAAAUCGAAAUUUAUUUUACGUUCUAUGGAAAUAUCAAAUAAUCCUGAAGUUAUUCGUUGA